AUGACUUUAAUUUCAUCAAUCACUAAACUCGGAUCAGUUCAAAACAACUCAAUGAUCAAGAGUCAAAUCGGAGGUGUUUCAGGUGUCAAUUCAACUCAAUCACUGAACAGUGUUGCUUGUAAUCCUGGAAAUGAUGUUGAUGUGCAUGUUCUCCUCUGUGCUAAUAUCCUUGGUAUCAAUAUCUAUGCCAAUGUUAAUGUUGACUUAUUCUUUAGGUAUUGUUCUAAUGCCUCUGAGUUCUUUUGGAAUCAUUCAAAAGUAUUCCGUUAG